CGUGCCUCUGCUGGGACCCUCCGCUUUCAGCUCCUGCAGUGCUGCUGUCACAAAGCAGAUUUUCUCUUCUGCGUCUCAACAAGAGGAGCUUUAACAGCAGGACCCUCCUAGCGAUUCUUGCUCACCAUCCCCCAGAGGAAUGGCUCUGUCUGGGGCAGGAGGAAGCUGCACAUUCCUCAGUGUGCUCUGGGGACACUUUGUAUGGGAACAGCUUGCAUGAAAUCAUUGCUCCAGUGAUUGUAUCCAGAGCUGUAGGGUAAAAGAACAGCACUGAGAGCCACUCGUGGUUGCCAGAUUAGCGUGAAUGUGAGUGAGCAGAGCACGGGGGAUACACGUGUAGCUGGAUUUCUCUGACAGUGUGAAUGACAGAGGAGGUGCCUCCCACUGCACUCACUGACGUGAACCUGCGUCUGCUGUGCCACGAUGACAUAGAUGCAGUGAAGCAGCUCUGCGGCGACUGGUUCCCAAUAGAGUACCCUGACUCAUGGUACCGAGAUAUCACUUCCAACAAGAAAUUCUUUUCCCUCGCAGCCACAUACAGAGGCUCCAUUGUGGGAAUGAUAGUGGCAGAGAUCAAGAGCAGAACAAAGGUGCAUAAAGAGGAUGGAGACAUCCUAGCUUCCAAUUUUCCUUUGGACACUCAAGUUGCUUACAUACUCAGUCUUGGAGUGGUGAAGGAGUUCAGGAAACACGGGAUUGGUUCACUCCUGCUUGAAAGUUUAAAAGACCAUAUAUCAACGACUGCCCAAGAUCACUGCAAAGCCAUUUACCUGCACGUCCUCACCACUAACAACACAGCAAUAAACUUCUAUGAAAACAGAGACUUUAAACAGCACCACUACCUUCCCUAUUACUAUUCCAUAAGAGGGGUCCUCAAAGAUGGCUUUACCUACGUUCUGUACAUCAAUGGUGGACACCCACCCUGGACAAUCUUUGACUACCUGCAGCACAUCGGAUCAACGCUAGCCAGCCUGAGCCCGUGUUCCAUUCCCCAGAGGAUAUACAGACAAGCCCAGAGCCUUCUCUGCAGCCUUCUGCCAUGGUCUGGCAUUUCUGCCAAGAGUGGCAUCGAGUACAGCCGGACGAUGUGACUCCAUCAGCAGACGGACACAGCACAAAGGGAUUGUUCUUCCUUUCAUCUCCUAAACCAUCUGGCUCUGCACUGAUUCCAGUGAUGAUGGCUCUUGGUCAGUGACCCACCCCUUGGACAGGACUCCUUAUCCCACAGAUUGACCAAGAUCUUGCAGACUUCACCCUGGACGGGCUGCAGCCCCGACUCACCCUGUGGGCUGGAGCCCGUGAGCUCUCCUGGGAUUCCAGGCUGCCAGGGGGCACCAGGCUGAGGGCUUCCAUGUCACCGGUCUGUGAGCAUGUCACACUGUCCCUGCCACUUCUCUCACCUCUGGAUGGUUUUCUUGUAUGUGAUGUGGAGGGGUUCUGUGGUUCUGUUGCUGCUGAAAGCAGUGAGUGAGAUGCACUGACUGUGAGUGAGCAUUGAGCACCCUGAGAAUAGAGGGGGGCUGGAUGGCUGCGUCCUGCCCUGCUGGGGAAUCCAGGCAGGGCAUCUGCCCCAGGUAAGAUCCCAGCCCUCCUGAGGGGGGGGGGGGGUGUAAAAAGUACCUAAUCCAGGAUGCACCAAGUAGAAGGCAGGGGAUGAAAUUGCUAUUUCAUAGUGAAAUAUAUAUUAUACUGUAUAGACCUUUCUGCCUCUUUCCAAGCUGGAACAGAGCAGGGGAGGGCCUGGGGCUAUGGGACCACUGUGGUAGGCAGAGCCCUUCCCCUCCCCAGCAUGCAUCCUCCCUUGGCACUGGGGCUGCACACUCGCAGGAUCUUUAGGGGAGAGCACUGCACACAGAUCACUACAGCUCUUGGUUGUAGAGAAGCCCCCCCAGCUGCUUGCUUGCAUGCUCCAGGCUGCCGUGUGUGGGCAUUGCCAUGGGGCUGAGCUGUCAGCCGCCCUCCCUGCAGCACUGGGCCAGGCUGGGGGGCUCCUCAGCACCGAGCUGCCCCACUGCAGGGAGAGCCCUGAGGCUCCUGUGUGCUGGACCUGCUCCCAAUCCCUGGGAAGGAGCACUUGGCUUCUGGGCUGGGAGUCUGCAGCUGCAGCAGUGCUGGAGGUGGGGAAGCUCCGCUCCCCUCUGCGUAACCCUGCAUCCCCUGCCCUGGUGAAGGCUUCCCACACUCUACGCUGUGCUGCUCCUCCCACUCUCUCAUACCCAUCUUUAAAGUGGGGCUUAAGUGCAGGGCGGUGUAAGCUGUGCAGGGACAGCUCUGGUGGCAGCUGAGGGCACAGAGUGGGGAUGAGCCACAGUCUGGGUUGGGUUUAGGCCUAGAAGGAGCAAACACGGUAGGAGCUUGCAGCCCUGAUACUGUACGAAGUGAUUUCAGUGUUUGAAAGCCCUAAGAUGAGCAUUAAACAAUAAAAGGGUGUGGAGGAGA